ACUCAAAAUAGCAGGAAGAUAAGGAGGAACUUAACGAGCACUAGGAAGAUGAGGACCUUUUCUCCUCUCGUCUUCCUUGCCUUUUCUACUCUGCCAUCUCCUCUGCCAGUCGUGGCACUUAAAAGCCCGGCGGCUGGUGGUGGUACUAUUGGAGGUGACGAGAAGAAGGGGCGGAAGAAAAAGAACGAGACCACUGUCUUUACGGGAGUUGUUCAACAAGGGAAGAAGUAAAGUCAGAGAUGCGAGAGAAGUUGGGGGUCACCAUGGUGGAGUUCAAGUAGAGGAACUUCUAGACGACGAGAGAUUGAUACUCCUACUCCUACGGCAGUGGCACGUCCGGUUCAGUCUUGUCGGCAAUCCCGUUGGCGCGAAGCAGUUGAUGACGAUGGUACAAUUGUCGAUGAGGAGGGACGCGGUGAGGGCAUUUCCUGCUUCCAGCAGAUAGAAGCAGCACAGGAGGCGCAGGGAGCAAAGCCACUUGACCGCGAUAAAGGUCCUCGAAAAUACCAGCAGCAGCCACAGAGGAUUACGCCAACAUCAACACCAGCGAGCGCUCCAACAUCAACGGGAGAGAGUAAUCCAACAGCUUUAAUGACACCACGAACGUUGUUGAGGCAUAGGCUGUUGAGCGAAAUGGGAAAGGACGAGCCUUUUCAUUGGAGAGGAGAUGCCGAACAGGGAAGCGAGAUCCGCUGGUCAAAACACACCAUUGAGAAGGGAGUUCGGGUACUCAUUCACGCGGGGCGUUUCGGGCCUUCAACGGAACUGGCUCAGUUGCAAGCAGCACAGCUAGCUCUAUCUAUGAGCAUAGGAUCAAACAAAGCUGCUGCCAAUGGUAUCGCCGACACGACGGCAGUGGAGAUCACUGGAGGUUCUAUCGGCAAAAAGGCGUUUCUCCCAGUGAAUGAGAACAUGAAUGAGAUGGUCAUAGCACCACUGGGUGAAGAACUACAAAAUGCGGCGAGUGGAGGUUUGCUUCCUCCUUUUCAAGCGGCGAGUGUCCUCCUUUCAGGCGAGUGUGGCCGCGCUUCGGACCAUGAAUGGGCCGAUUCGUAUUGACGUUUUCAAAGCAGCUUGUCAUGAUUUUUCCCAGUUGGUUCCGCACCCUGGUCAAUGGUACAAGUAUGGCAGCACUACGAGAUAUUUUUCCGGCCUGUCGCGUUUCCUGAUACCCAGUAGGUCAGAUGCAGGCACCUUUCUACGAACGGGCACCACUGUGAUCCCGUCUUUCCAUAAGAAGACUAGUACAGUCGCUGUGCACCAGCCGCGUCGUCGCCUGUCAAUCGAGGACUUUGAGGAUGGAAAAUCUAUGAUCGAAGUAGACACGAUCUUCCUCUUGGAUUCUGAAGUGGAAACUACAGGAGAGGAGAAGAGCCUAAAACCCGCGCCCUUGGAAUUAGUGUUGUCUCGGAGGAAACUUGCUACGAAUCUGGAGCUCCUUGACAAGAAGAAAGAAUUUGAUGCUGAGGAGAGAGACCCGGAAGCAGCGCGCUUUCUCAAGGAUAUGUACGAUGUUUUUGCUUACGAGCCGACGUGGCAAAGCGUGACAGGCACUGUGUAUUCUCGGAGCUACCACAGUAUAGGCUUCCACUUGCUGCUUCUGUUGCACCUCACUGAGCAGGGUUGGCAAAAUCUCAAUAAUGAGGCGGCUACCAUGUGCAGGCCUCAAGAUAUCAAGUUUGAGCGUUGCAGUCCCGAUCGCUCUGCACUUGCAGGCCGGUUCGCAGGCGUGCUCAAUGCUUUACUCAGUCUUUGCAACGGUCAUGGUGCGGGCUUGAUACAGCAUGCGAAGGACAAAGGGAAAGGCUUCACCGGACACGACAAGAAAACUAUCUACCUAUCCGUCCAUCCAAGCUUGCGUCCCAACGUAAAAGAGAUGUUUUCUGGAGACUUUCAGGGAAAUUCAGUUCAUAUUAUUGCUCCCGAAUACGGUACUGUUUAUAGAGGCGGCACUUUUAGCACUGUCGUAGUUGUUGUUUUGAAGUAAUAGAUUGAGUUUGAAAAUUGGCCUUCCAAUGCUCUAGCUGACCCUGAUUCAUUGACAGGGUCCCCAUUCAACAAAAUGGCGCAGUUAUUUUUUGACUUAUGUCUGUACGUAGUAUAUUUAUAGAACGAAAUGUCCUAAACCUAGCUGCGUGAAAAUGUUUCAUCUCGCUUUACACAUUUAUACAUAGAAAAACGAACGUGGUACCAACGUACUAGAACCAUUGUUAGAUGAAGCAAGAAAGAAACUGAUAUGGCUGUCUGGCGUGUACAUGUCCUCACUCUAAGACAACGCAGUCGACUCAUUCCAUUUCAAAACACUUUAUUAAUUUCAAUCUUGUCUUUGAUCUACGAAAAGGAAAACGCCGCUUGUGCUCCGCGCGAGCGACCGCGUGCGGGGACUCAUUGAAGGUCUCGGCGAUCAUUUCCAUCACUAGAGUUCAAAGCAUGACCAAUCAGUUGCCACUGGGUUUUUAAAAUGAUACCCGGAGCGGUUACACGAGGCAUUUUGGCGGCGAGAUAUAUACGUGAGAGCUAUAACAUAUUUGAGCGUCGUUAUUUCUAGAGGAGGCGCUGUUCCUUGAUGAGUAAGGAGGUCGAGACUACUCCGAUAUACAAACUUGAGCGCUGUUAUAGUUCUUUGAGAUGAGUAGACUUAUGCAACGUAAUUGAAAGGGGGAGAGCGUCCCA